AAGUCAGAAAGAAGUUUCAGUAAGUCAUCGUCACCGCUUAAAGAAAAAGAAAAAAAAACGAGGAAGGAAAUCUAGUAAAUAGGACGCGUUUUAUCCAACAAGGGAUUCAUGCGUGGUUUUUUUUGGUAAACUUCUUGGACCUAAAAGAUACUGAAGCCGAGCACAUACGAGUGAAUGUGUGAAAGUGAAAAUACAGUCCCACUGCCACUUUGAGAAAUCAACAGCAUGGCUGCGAGCGCGUCGCCGUCCGAAAUGGAGUGCAGCUGCCCGGUGUGCUGCGACAUCUUCAUCGACCCCGUGGUCCUGAUGUGCGGCCACAGCUUCUGUAAGACGUGUCUGCGGGAGUGGUGGCGGCAGAGUGGACUCCAGACGUGCCCGGUGUGCAAGCAGACGUUUCCGUUGGCUCUUCCGCCGCGUAAUCUGGCGCUGAGGAACCUGUCCGACGCCCUGAGGCUGCAGAAGACCCAGAGAGCUAACGGUGCACCCGAGGAGCUCUGCGGUCUGCACGGCGAGAGGUUCAAGCUCUACUGUGGGACGGACCAACAGCUUAUCUGUGUGAUCUGUAGGGACGCACAAAAACACAAGAAACACAACUGCGUGCCCAUCGAGGAAGCAGUGGAAACAUGCAGAGCCCAACUGAAGCUUAAGAGGCUGCAUCUAAAAUCCAAACAGAAGGCAUUUAUGGCGCACCAUUUGCAGUGUGGACUAAUGGCCGGCCACAUCAAGCUGCAGGCUCAGCAGACUGAGAAGACGAUCAAAGAGGAGUUUCAGAGGCUUCACCAGUUCCUGCGGGCAGAGGAGGCAGCGAGGAUUGAUGCAGUGAGGAAGGAGGCAAAGUCCAAGAGUGUAGCAAUGGAGAUCCGGAUUAUUAAUUUGACUGCAGAGAUCUCCUCCCUCGAAGACAAAAUCAAAGUCAUACAGAAGGAGAUGAAAGCUGAUGAUAUGUCAUUGAUGCUGAAUGCCAAAUCCACCAUGGAGCGAUCCCAAUGCAGCCUACCAGACCCACAGACUCCAUCGGGAGCCCUGCUCGAUGAGGCCAAACAUCUGGAAAAUCUGCUGUUCACAGUCUGGAAGAAGACGAAGAACAUAAUCCAAUACACUCCUGUAACUCUGGACCCCAACACUGGCAGCUCACGAUUGACCAUAUCAGAACACAUGACGCGUCUGACAACAAGCGACAAGAACAACCCGCUUCCUCAAAACCCAGAAAGGAUGGGCAACUGUAGCGUUCUUGGCUCUGAAGGCUUUAUCUCUGGAAAACACAGCUGGGCCGUGGAGGUGGGGGGUUAUUGGAAAAUUGGUGUGGCUGCUCGAACCAAACAUCCAUCCUCUGAAAAGGUCUGGGCCAUCUACUUGUGUAUUUGUGCAAAUUCUCUGUUUGAACAUAAUCCAAAGAAGAGUACAUUUAUAUCUAAAAGUUCAUUUCCCCAGAAGGUCAACGUGCAGCUCGAUUAUGACCAAGGCAUACUAUCAUUUUUUGAUCUGGAUAGGAAAACACCUAUACAUACCAUCAAAUGCACUUUCACAAAAAUGGUAUUUCCGUAUUUCAAUGAGAAUGCAAAAAUCCUUCCAGCUGAAUUUUCAGUGAAGAUAAGACAACCCAGAUAAACAUGCUGCAUUACAGCAGAGGGCUAACAACAAGAUGAUAGCUGGUUAAACGUGGUCUAUUUCUGUAACCUUUUCACAUCAUGUCUUUGACCAAAGUAAUUGUUGUCAAUCAUCACCGAGUGUUUAGUCCGCCUUAAAGGGACACUGCACUGAUUUCACCAGGCGAAAACCCCUCGUUUUGUAAAGUAAAGCUAAUGCACAAGUGUUUUAAACUUGCAUUCUUUCUACUGGCCGGCAAGGGCGGUUCCUCUGGAUGCAAAAAUAAGUCCAUAUUGUAUAGAAGUCUGUGAGAAAAUGACCCUACUUCUCACUUGCAUUGUUAUUUAUCACCUCAGUAAACAGGGUCUCAGUCGGUAGGAUUUUCAUUAUGUUAUUGUCCCAUUUAAAGUAAAAUUGAAUUCAGUCCCCAAACCAAUGGGUGACGUCACGAUGACUCUGCCCACUUAUAUACAUUCAAUGGAUUUGACUCAUUACGUUCAGUUUACUCAUCACAAAGAAUACUCAGCAUAAUGUCUUCUCUGGAUAAGCUUUGAAAGUGGGACUUGCAAAAAAUGCUUAAAUAAAGAUGCUAUUGAGUUGCAUAAUGUGAAAUGAAAGCUCUAGUGCUUUUGGAGGUCGACCCACUAGAGACUAAAGGUGAAUGACAAAAAUAAAUAUGUUAUCUGAUUAAGAAAAUGUUCCUAUUUUCAAUAUGUUUCCCUGUUUUGGGGGAGUUCUUCCUUAUCUGAACUGAGAGUGAAAGGUGGAGUAGGCUACAGUUUUUUUUUUUGUGGCAAAUUUGUGAUCUGGGUCUAUAUUAAACAAAAGUGACUUAACUUGUACA